CACGACGCACGACAUUUUACCACGAAACGACAACCAGAAGUGGCAGGACAGAAAAUCGAAAAGAUGAAAGUUUAUAUCGGAAUUGAUGUUGGUGGCACAAAUACUGACGCAGUCGUAAUUUGUGAUCGAAAAAUUAUCGCAAAAAGCAAACAACCUACGACAUCUUCGAUCACGGAUGGCGUUAAAAAAGCCCUGAGUACCGUUCUUCAACAGUUAUCUUACAACUUCAAAGGCGGAAGUAUUCGAGUUUGUCGUGUUAAUAUUGGCACAACGCACUUUUUAAACGCCGUGUUACAACGCAAAAAUUUGGCCGCCGUUGCAGUCGUAAGACUGUGUGGCCCAGCAACAAGAGCGCUGCCUCCGUUUUGUGAUUUUCCAGACGAUCUACGCACUGUUGUUGAUGGCGGUUAUUAUUAUAUUGACGGUGGAUACGAAUUCAGCGGCGAGGAAAUAAGGCCAAUAAAUCGCGAUGAAGUGCGAGAAAUUGUAACUCGCAUAAAACAAACAGGCAGUAAGAACAUUGUGGUAUCUGGAGUAUUUUCUUCAAUUUGUGAAGACCAAGAGGUUGCUGUUGGCGAGCUUAUCAAAAGUGAAUAUCCUCAGGCAAGUCUUACCUUAUCUCAUCAGGUUGCCAACUUUGGACUUUUGGAGAGGGAGAAUUCUUCAAUUUUGAACGAAAGUUUAAAGCCAUUGAGUAAAACAGCCAUCGCAGCUUUCACUCAAGCAAUUCAGGAUGCUGGUCUCAACUGUCCAAUAUUUUUUACCCAGAAUGAUGGGACAAUUAUAAGUGCGGAGAAAAGUUCUCAAUUUCCAGUUUUGACAUUCUCUUCUGGCCCGACGAACAGUAUGCGUGGUGCUGCGUUCUUAUCUGGAAACGAAGACGCCAUUGUUGUUGAUAUAGGCGGUACCACUACAGAUGUCGGCGUUUUGAUGAACGGUUUUCCAAGACCUGCUUCGACCAGAGUGAGAUGUGGUGGUGUUGUGACUAAUUUUCGCAUGCCCGAUGUGUUUAGUUUCGCGCUUGGUGGUGGAUCAAUUGUUUCGGGUGAAAAACUGAAGCCUAAAAUUGGGCCUGAAAGUGUCGGUUAUGAACUGCUAACAAAAUCGUUGGUGUAUGGUGGGACGACCUGCACAACAACUGACUUUGCAGUCGCUGCAGGGUUGUGUUGUAUCGGAGACUCCAGUAAAGUGGCUCAUCUUGAUAGUUCCUCGGUUACAGCUGUUGUUGCUGCCAUAAGGGAACUGUUGGAGGACAGUAUUGACCAAGUCAAGGUAAAAGCAGAAAGUCAGCCGGUGAUUCUUGUCGGAGGUGGCAGUGUGCUCGUUGAUGUCAGUAAGUCACUGGAAGGAUCGUCAACUGUAGCGAAGCCGCAACAUUUUGAGGUUGCCAAUGCUGUUGGUGCAGCAUUAAGUCAGGUAAGUGGUGUAGUCGACCAUGUUGUUGACAUAACCAAAAAAACUCGUGAAAAGGCUUUGGAGGAAGCGCAAUCUCUUGCCAUCGCUAGAGCAAUCGAGAACGGCGCCUUAGCUGAAACUGUCGAAAUAGUAGAGAAAUCUGAAAGUCAGUUAACGUACCUCAAAGGUGGAGCAGCUCGUGUCCAAGUCAAGGCUGUGGGAGAUUUAGCUGCAGACUCUGUUGAUGAUAACUUAAGUUCCGACCUGUUAGUGUGUUCUGGCGAUACUGAUUUCAAGCACGUUGCUGCAGAAGGCGAUCCUGUCCAACCUCUUUUGGGAGACAUAGUUGAGAAGGGAGAAGGUGCCAGUGCCGCACCAUCUUCAAGCGCAGCUGAUACCGAUGUGAAUCCGUUUAUCGAAUCUAGUGGGGCGUGGUUAUUGAAUGAGUUUGAUGUUGAUUGCAUCGCAACAGGAGCGGGUAUACUGGGUUGUGGUGGCGGUGGGAAUCCCUAUCUUGGAAAAUUGAGCGCCACUUCGAUAUUAAAAUCUGGAAAGGAAAUUCGAGUGAUUCAUCCAGACAGUUUACCAAAGAAUGCCCUGAUACUGCCAGUGGCUUUCAUGGGAGCUCCAUCGGUUGUGAUUGAAAAAUUAAUUAGCGGUUGUGAACUGGAAACAGCCGCCGAAAAAGUGCAAGCUUUAGUCAUUUCUGAUGAAAAGGAUGUCGAGGUUUCAACUUCAAAACGGGGAGUAAAGUACGUGAAGCACAUGCCUGAGUUUAGUUCACAAGCGAUCCCGGCCGAUAAGAAAAUUGUUGCAGUCAUGAGUGCGGAAAUUGGUGGCAUGAAUUCGAUCGAGCCUCUUAUACUUGGAGCAAAACUUGGGUUACCUGUUGUGGAUUGUGAUGGCAUGGGUCGGGCUUUUCCUGAGUUGGAUAUGUUUAUUCCGUACAUCCACGGUUUGCAGGCUUGUCCUUCCGCGAUUGUUGGGUCCAGUACUUCAUUUGAUGCAAUGACGUAUGCCCCGACAGCAAAAGAUCUGGAAAACGAUUUAAGAGAGUUACUCGUAACGAAAAUGGGCUGCUUUGCAGGUCUAGCAGUUGCGCCACUAAAAGCUGAAGAUCUACCGGAAAAUACUGUUAGGUUCUCAAUGAGUCGUGCAUGGCGUCUUGGGAAAGCUGUAAAGCAGGCUCGGAGGGAUAAGCGGUGUCCGAUCGAAGCUGUUCUGGAAGCACAAAACGGAAAAAUGCUCAUAUCUGGAAAGGUAGUUGAUGUUGAAAGGAAAACGGAUGGUGGAUUUAAUAAAGGGACAGUUCGUGUGGAAGGUCUAUCUCAAUAUACUGGCUUAUCCGCGCGCGUCUUUGUUCAAAAUGAAAAUAUCAUAGUAGAGAAUAUAUCGUCUGGUGAUAAGAAAGAAAUAUUAGCCACAGUCCCGGAUCUUAUUUCCAUCCUUGAUACGGAAACUGGCGAAAGCAUACCUACCGAAGAAAUACGUUAUGGUCUUCGAGUUUCUGUUGUGGUUUUGCCCAGUCCGCCAUUGCUUUGCAGUGAAAGAGCUCUAAAAGUUGUUGGACCUGAAGCCUUUGGCUAUGCCGGUUAUCGUUAUCAACCGUGUCUAGCUUACGAGGAAACAGACCCCAUUCCUUUAAUACCCUGAUUAUACAUGGAUCUUUUUCCCAUUAAGGAUUGAAAUUGACUCAUUGAAAUAGAUAGGUGCAUGUAAUUUUAUUAAGCUUUUAGCUUUUAGAUUUUCAGACUUGCCUUGCACACUUCGAGCUGAAAUCUUUAAAAAUGUUAAUUAAAACUGUUAAAUUAAAGAUUAUUAUCGAUGAUUAAACUAUAUGUCAGCAUGGGUUGAUUGCUUGAUUAAAUGGAUCUAGGACACAUAGUAAUGACAGUAAUUAUGAAUGUAUAAGGAUACAUUAUUGAAAUCUUCGCUUUCGCAAAUGCUUUUAGACUUGCCUCUGGAAAUUUGAGGUGAAAAACAACAACUUUAGUAAAUGCUGUAAAACAGUACCAAAGAUUAAGUUAUAGUAUAUAUGGUUAUUUAAUGAAGGAAUAUAUAGAUUAUUUAGUAGCUAGGUUUAAUUAAACAUAGAACACAUAUUGACAACAGUAAAUUACUGAAAUGAUUAUCCUCGGUAACGAUUUUAAGAUACAAAUGUAAUAGAAUACAAAUACACCUCUU